UUUACGACACUUAACAACAACAAACUUCACGACAGUUGUCAUGGCGGCGUUCGGAGCCAGUUUUGAGAGUUCGAGCAGCAUUGAAGAAAGAAAAGAGAAUAAGAGACAAGCGAGGCAAGAAGUGGUAGAAAAGGCCAAGAAGCAGUAUGAGAAGGAAGAGAGGAGGAAGGAGCUGAAGAGGCAGAGAGGGGAGGACACUUGGAUGCUCCCUGAGAUCAACCAGAGGCUGCAGGAGAUAGAGGACGAGGGCUCUGUAAAGAACAAGAAGAAGAAAGAGAAGAAAUCUAAAAAGAAAAAGGAGAAAAAGAAGAAGGACAAGAAGGAGAAGAAGGAUAAGAAGGAAGCAGGAGAUGGCUCUAAUGACAGCUCAGAGGACUCAGGUGAUGAGUGGGUUGAAUCUUCGGCUCAGACACAAGCUGCUAAAGCCUGGCAGGUUCCUGAUCAGUCCAAGCCUUCAGAGAGCAACCCCAGCCCAGCACAGAAUGUCGAGAGAGACGAAUGGAUGACCUUUGACUUCCUGGCAAUGAGCACCACGUCCACAACAGAGAAGAGGGCUGAGAAAGAGCGACUGAAAGAGGAGGAGAGGGCAAAGGCUCAGGCCAUUGAACAGGCUGGUUUGCACAAAUUGGAGCUGAACCCAUUCUGGAAAGAUGGAGGGACUGGUCUGCCCCCAAAGGAGACGGCUGGUACUGCAGCAAAGAAAGGAGGCCCAGUCGUGAAUGAUGCAGGUCUGGGCUGGCUGAGGAAGAGCUACCAAAGGAUGAAGGAGCAGGCAGAGAGGCAGCAGCGCAGCCUCAACGAUAUUGUGGCCGAAAGAUACGGGUCAAUGGAAGAAUUUCAGCAAAAACUUGCAGAUGCUGAGAUAGCUGUGUAUGGAUAUAGCGCAGGAGGAGUAGAAGGAGGCAGAGCAGCGAGAGGCGGGUGGAGGAAAGGAGAUAACGAUGCCAGAGAGAGAUGGAGGAGAAAAGAUGGAGAUGGGGCAGAGAGAGAUCGGUGGAGAAGAAAUGAAAGGGAAAGAGAUUCAUCACCCACGGACAGAGAAAGAUAUCAAGGCAGAGAGGAAGAGAGAGGUCGAGACAGAGACAGGUUUAGAGAGAGGGAUAGAGACAGAGAGAGGGAGAGGGAUGGAGGAAGAGAUAGAGAUAGAGAGAGGGAGAGGGAUGGAGGAAGAGAUAGAGAGAGGGAGAGGGCUGGAGGAAGAGAUCGAGAGAGGGAGAGGGAUGGAGGAAGAGAUAGCGAGAGGGAGAGGGAGAGGGAUGGAGGAAGAGAUAGUGAGAGGGAGAGGGAUAGAGGAACAGACAGAGAAAGAGAUAAUGAAAGAGACAGAGAUGGGGACAGAGACAGCGAGAGAGAUAGGGAUAGUGAAAGAAAUGGAGAAAGUGCUGCAUCAUCAUCAGGACAAAACUGGAGUCAACGUUCUCCCUCUUUUGGGUCACUUAAAAGCCGCUUCCUCAAACCCUCAGAGGACGAUGACAGUGGUGAAGCUCCAGAGCGUCGUCCUCGUCCACCACGACCGUCAACAGGUUUCCUGAAACCCAGCUCUGACGAUGAAGACUCUGGUCCACGUAACACCAGCAUGCCGGCAUGGAAGAAGAACAACAAUCCUGCCCGCGAAUCUGCCAGCUUUGAGAAACCGCAGCAGGAGAAAGAGAGGGAUCCUGGGAAAACUGUAACUGCUCCUCAAGAUGGUCUGUGUGGUGAUAAAGCCGCUGCAACGACAUCGAGGAGUGAGAGUGACAGUGAGGAAGAAGAGGAGGAAGAGGAGGAGCUUCCACUGCUGUCAGAGGAGGAUAUGAACAGACUGGGAGCCAAACUGGUGAAGGCAGAGAUUAUGGGCAACACGGCCAUGGUUGAGAAGCUGAAAUCACAGCUGGAUGCAGCACACAAAGCCAAAGAGAGCCACGCCGCCCGAAUGAAGCAGCUACAAGAAACGGCUCAAUCAAAGCAGGUCACAGGUCGCUCCAGUGAAGACCAGGAAGUCCUGCUGUUCAGAACAGACCAAUCAGGUCGCGCCUGGCCAGUCAAUGCCCCCUCUGGACCCCAGGAGCCCCACGGAGGACGACGGAAGAAGAAAGCGAUCGAGACCCAUGUUGACGGGGAGCGUGUGCGUUACUUCCAGGAUGACGACAACGUGGGUCUGAAGGAGAUGGUGAGGAGGGAGAAGAUGAGCUCUGCACAGGAUCAGAACGCCCUCUACUCUCGCAUGGCUUCCAAGAUGAUGGGGAAGACAGACGGUGACAACUACACGCUGGAUGACAUGUUUGUGUCGAGUGCAGCGCAGCGGGAGGGCGAGGGGAGGGAGGAGGAGAGGAUGAGGAGCAAAGCCAUCGGGGAGAGUAGGAGGAUGGCUUCCUCCAUGGAGAAAUGCCAGCAGUGCUUCAGCAGCCAAGAGCUCCAGAAGCACCUCAUAGUGGCAAUAGGGAGCAAGGUGUACCUGAGCCUUCAUGCGGGAUUGUCGAUGGCAGAGGGACACUGUCGUAUCUGUCCUCUCCAGCAUCACUGCUCUGCCACCGGAUUGGAUGAGGAUGUCUGGUCAGAAAUGCAGCUGUUCCGACGUACUUUGGUGCGAAUGUUUGAGUCCCAGGAGAUGGACUGUGUGUUCAUGGAAACACACAUGAAUCCACGCAAACGACAACACAUGGUCCUGGAGUGUAUCCCACUACCCCGAGAACUGGGCGAUAUGGCACCCAUAUACUUUAAGAAAGCUAUCAUGGACUGUGAUGAGGAAUGGGCCAUGAACAAGAAGGUCGUCGACCUCUCUAAGAAAGACAUCCGCCAUGCUGUUCCUCGAGGUCUGCCCUACUUUGCAGUCGACUUUGGGCUCCAGGGAGGGUUCGCUCAUGUCAUUGAAAAUGAACAGAAGUUCCCCCAUUACUUCGGCAAGGAAGUGGUAGGAGGCAUGAUGGAUUUGGAGCCGCGACGUUGGAGAAAGUUGAUUAGAGAGAACUUUGAUGACCAGAGAAAAAAAGUCCUACAGUUUGCUCAGUGGUGGAAACCGUAUGACUGCACCAAGACUGAGGACUAGCUGGACACGCUCACAGAAAUGUGGACACAGUUGUGAAGAUUACACACACAUAAAAACACACUGUGGUGCAGACAAUGUGGCACUCACCAAUUCAGAAUAUGAAAUUCCUAUUAGAAGUUAUAAUGUAAGAACAUUUUUACUCAAAUAAAAAAUAAAUAAAACAACCUUGA